AUGAUAAUCCCAACAAUUCCUAAGAUAGCUGCAGCACCCACUGUUACACCGCCACCAUACAUGGCCCAGCUGAUACCCAAUGAAACGCCAACAAUUCCAGAAGUGAACGAUACAGCGGCGCAAGCUUUCCCAAACAUAAUAAAACUUGCAUUAGGGUUUUGUGAGAUGCCAACCAUUAAUAAGAAUAGAGCACCGAAUGCUGACAAUAUACAUGCGAAGGUGACGAACAAUCGAGCCAUGAUUAUUUUUAUACAUCUACCUAUGCUUGAUGAGGGCACUCCAGUGCAUCCUAAUGGAAAAUUUACACAAGUGGUUGUUACAAACUUCACACACUCUCGCCAUAGACCACCUUCUCCUGCUGUUACGCCGCCUAAUUUCACUACAGCCCUAAAAAGCAUAGACAAUUGUUCCUGUUUGAUGAAAAGAACAUAA